ACCUGCAAUGCCCAAUUCCCAAUUCCAUCUUAGACCUUAGAAGAGCGGAAUUUAUGGCAACUUUAAGACCUACUAAGACAACGAUGGCAGCCUCGCCCAUCUCCCCGCCCUGUUGUGCCUGAUCUUGCGUUCCUCCUCGCCUCCUCUUCAUGAUCUCAUCUGUUUCGCCCGUCGCUUCGCCUCACGCUGCAGGCCAAGUCGCAAUCCUCUUCACCGCAGGCCGAGCCGCAAUCCUGUCCGCCGGAAGCCGUAGGCCGCGUCGCCUGCCCUCGGACCUCUCCGCCUCGUCCCGGAGGCUGCAUCGCCAUUCGAUCCGCCUCACGCCGCUGGCUUGCAGUUCCAGCCUCAGAUCUUGCCACUCCUCCGUGGUUUACUUGCUUUCAGGUAUUCAUAAGUAUUGAUGACACUCAUUCUCUCUGACCUUCACUAGCUUCACAUAUGUUUGAAGUUCCUUUGCCAUCAGCUAAAAGUCCUCAUCUUCGUCGAGCUGGUAGCAGACCUAUUUUCACUGAUCAGGGCUUAGUUUUCCUGACAGAGGUAAAUGAGAUGAAGAGUCCAAGCAUGGCAGCAUCUGGUGUUGCAAUGAUGCCAUCACCAGUUUUCUUGUGGAGAUUUAAGGUUGUAUUGUUUCUCUUGUGGGGCAUCAGUUGUUGUAAGAUAGGCUGGGACUCUGUAAUGCGAAUGAAUGCAGAUAAACGAGAUUUGUUUCUUUACGAGGCCUUUUUGUAUUUUAAUCCACUUCUUCUUGUGACGUUGAUGGUUUGGCUUUGGGGAGUGAAUCUAUGGAUUUUUUCUCAUUCAUCUGUUAACUAUGCAAAAGUAUUUGAUCUUGACCACACUCAUCUCACACAUCGGGAGAUAUGGAAGUGUGCAACCUGGAUGACCAUCAUUGUUCCUACGAGUAUGGCAGCUUAUCUUUAUUUGUAUUCACAUGGCGAAGUAUCACUAGCUGCAUCACAACCAGUUAUUCUAUACGCAGCCAUUCUAAUGGUUCUCAUAUUCCCCUUUGAGAUCUUUUACUUGCCAUCCCGCUACUACUUGUUAAGGACUGUAUGGCGUAUAAUGCUUCCAUUACAGGCAAUCACAUUUUCUGAUUUCUUCUUGGCGGAUAUCAUGACAUCAAUGUCAAAGGUAUUCUCUGAUUUAGAGCGUUCAGUUUGUCGGAUGGUUAACAAACAGGUUGCAACAAUAGCUUGGUUUGAGGCUGAUUCUGUAUGUGGCAGUCACUCUGUUGUAAUCCCUGUGGUGCUUGUCUUUCCCUAUUUAUGCCGUUUUUUCCAGUGCUUACGUCAAUAUAAGGAUACCAGAGAAAGGACAUGCCUUUUUAAUGCUUUAAAAUAUUCAACUGCAAUCCCUGUGAUUUUUCUUUCGGCUCUCAAGUAUCAUGUCUUCCCAGACAGUUGGACCAAAUUUUACCGCCCUCUUUGGCUUAUUUCUAGUGUCAUAAACUCAUUAUAUUCAUUUUAUUGGGAUGUGACUCGGGAUUGGGAUUUGAGUGUGUUCACUCGUAUCUUCAAGUUUAAAAAUCCACAUAUUUGCACAAACCUUCUUUAUGGACGAAAAUGGGUCUAUUAUUGGGUGAUCGGAAGCAACUUAAUUUUUCGAUGCACAUGGACCUACAAGCUCUCGGCACAUCUUCGGCACAACUAUUUGACUGUUUUUACGAUAACAGCUUUGGAGAUCAUGCGGCGGUUCCAGUGGAUUUUCUUUCGCGUUGAAAAUGAAUGGAACAAGAUAACGUCAAGCAAGCCAAGUUUGGAACUCUCCGGCAACGAAAUCCCAAAGGAGGAAGAUAGGCUACUUGGAUCUGCCACCCACAACGUGUAAAUGAUUGUGGUUUAAAUUGAUCGAUCCAGCUUGAGAAAAUUUUGUAGCCAUUUGCGGUUCUCUAUUUCUUUGGUUGCUAUUUUAUGGUCUCACCAAAAAUUCUUUGGAGAAUCUAGAGGGCCUGCACGCAACAGUAAGGGCAUCAAACCUUAGCAGGCCAUAUAUAUAAUUCUUACAAAAUUAUUUUCCAACAGCAUAAUAUUGUAAUCAAAGCAUAAAUUCGUUGGUUUCUUUUUCCAAAUUAUGGGGACUUGUUCAGAUUCCGAACCAAA